CUAGUUGACAAAAGGUCUGGUCCAUGACAGUGGCAGGUAAUGGUCAUCGAUUGUGCAAUUAUGUUAUUCCCAAAAUUCUAAUAAGCAGAAAAUUUGUGUUGCGAUGAGCUGGAGUAAUUUGUUCGGGCUUUCUGGGACGAAAGAAAAACGUGUUCCUGCGUUAAACGCUCUGGAACAACAAAGACUGAAGCAAAUUGAAAGUUUGAAAAGAUGUCAUCAAAAUGUUACAGAAAUUCAAAAAGAUGUUGAAUUCAAGAUUACAUUUUUCAUUGAAGGAAAUGCUGUAAAUCUUCAUGUGUUUUUACCACCAAAUUUUCCCCAUGAAAUCCCAGUCGUUAGAGUAUCACCUGCCAUGACACAUCCUUGGGUUAAUAACCAGAUGGUUGUAACUGGAUGUGACUCUUUAAACAAGUUUUACAUGCACUCAAAUUUAGGGCGAGCGUUACAAGACGUAUGUAAACAGUUUCUUGAUCAUCCUCCUAUAUUUGUUCCAUAUAAUACUCAUGCGGCUGUUACGAGUUCAUCACAAUCCUACACGAGACCUACCCAAGAUGUUCCCACCUCGGUAACAACCGCAUCUGUUGAAGCAGAAACAGCUGAAGAUUCUUCUUCAAGUUCUGUGGACAGAUUAGAUGGAUACUUAAAGAUCACCACAAAAUUGGAAGAUUGCAGUAUUGAUGAGUUGCGAGAUUUAGAUGACCAUCCAGAGAAGCUGAUGGAAUUAAUUGAUGCAGAUUUGAUAAAUUCAAAUGUAAAAAACCGAGAAGAUCAAAUGAUAAGGAUUGAAGAAAUUGCGAAAACAAAUGUUGAACAAAGACAGAAACUUGACGAAGUUAGAAAAAGGCUUGUUGACAAAUACGAUAAAUUAUGCCAACUACGAGCUUCGUUUGAUAAGUGGUCCUCGAUGCAAAAUGAUCUUUUUGAGAUGCAUACUCCAGACAAUCUACAUCUUGCUCUGCAACUUGGUGUUUCAGAAAUGGAUGAAAAAUCAGAGAAAGACGCGGAAGAGUUUUUGAAUGAAAACCUGGCAAUAGAGGAGUUUAUAAAAUGUUUUUUAGAGAAACGAAAGUUGACACAUAUACGUCGAUGGAAACAAGAAAAUGUCCUCAGAUUGUGAAAUAGCACUUUUCUGUGUUGUGUCGAGUUGGACGAUGUAGAUGCAAGUCGCAAGGCACACUAUGAAAAAUUAUGCUACUGAAGAUACCACCCCAAUUUUUCUAUGGAUUUUAGGAUAUCUUUAAGAUAGCUACCUCAAUUUACUGUAAUAGCCAAUGAAUUGGAAGUAAUGUAAUUAAUGUAACUAAUAUAAUAAAUAUAUUAUUUUGUAAUAUGUCGUGCCAUGGACAAAGUAACCCCCCAACUUGGGUGGCAAAAGUUUUGAAUGCAAUCUCAAUUGCAUUCUGCGUUUAUUUGCUUGGCUUUCCCAUGCACACAAUGUUGAUGCUGCCUGACGUUUGGAAAAUAGAGAGAAUUGAGAUG